UCCCAUUGAUUGAUCUUCACAUACUCCCCGCUGACCAGAGAAAACACUCGAUAGCGACUGCGAGAGGGGAUUUAAAUUGGACAAAUAUUGUCCUCGCUACUUGACGGAUAAGGUAGCUAUUUGUUUUCUCAUGUGGUCCGAGAUAAUCCGCUAUUAGCAUUGUGCACGGACUAUCCUAACAGCGACCCAAUGCGACGUUAGCUAGCUUGUAAUGUCGACACUGUUGGAUUUGUUUUCCCCACUAGACCCCGCUUCCUGUUAGCCUUGGCUAACUGGAAAAUCGAAAUUAUGCUAAUGAACGAGCAGGCAUAGUUAACCAACGCAAAGGGGUGUAACGUUAAUGCUUACCGUAGGAUACCCGUGGAAAUUUAGUUGGAAUUUAUGUGCAAAUCUAUGCUAAUAACUUUGUUUAGCUGCCAGCUAUCGGGGCAGCUGGUUUCCUUUAGUUUGCUAGCGCACGUCUGCUAGCCAUCUUUGCUUGUGUUGGGGGAUUUAAGUAUUAAACUUGACAAGCUUUUGGAGGCACAGGGCAAGCUAUAUUAACUUCAGCUGCAUGUUAUUAUAUGUGUCGGCAAUGGGCUCACUCGUGUAGGACUCAACUGCGUGCGACUAAUGCCAUAACAUACUUUAUUUUCUUGGGUAUUUUGCUGAGAAAAGACCAUAGAGAACCUGAGACUCGUUCAGCUGGUGUUCUGCUAAAACCACAUAACUAUCUUAGAGACAAUGCUAUUUUUUAUAACUGCUUUGUUAUACCGAAUCCUAAUAUAAGUACAAUAUUUUUCUAUACUUGUGUACAUUUAUAAUCGAUAGUAAUAAAUAAAUAAGCGGUUUCCCUUCAGUUGACCCGCACAGAUUGCUGCGACAUAUGAGGGCUGUGCUUCCCUGAACCUUCAGGUAUCUCCACUCAUUAGACCCGAACAACAGCUUUAAAUGCCUCAGAAAACACUCGCAGUAGCCAGUGGUCAUCAGAGGUAACUAGGCGGAUAGAGAGACGCGUAGAGCGGUGUGAAGAGGGAGGCUCCUGCCCGUCUCUGGACGUCCAUCUCUCCGCUUCAUCACGUCCAUCCAGCGCCGCCCUCCCCAGCCAUGGACCCCCCGAGGACUCGCUCGCGGUCUCGGUCUGGCUUCUAUCAUUUCGGUAUGAACGGUAACGUUGGCAGUGGAAACGCGGUGGGAAACGGGAGCAUGAUGAACGCCAGCGGAGUAGGGGUGAACUACCCGCCGCAGAGCAACCCCGGCUGGGCGCCGCACCACGGUGGUCGGAGCUAUCCGGAGAGCCAGCAGCAGCAGCACGCGCAGGGGAGCUACCUGUCCGCGGGGGCGCAACGCCACUCUGCACACGGAGCCCACAGACACCCCGGAGCCGGAGGAUUGCUUCAUUUUCAUCCAGAUAAUGUGUGCAGUGAGGAUCGGGAUAAAAUGGAAGACAGCCCAAGCCCGAAGAGGCAGCGUCUCUCCCAGCAGACCAUGUUGGAUCUAAACUCCGCCCCUCCCUCCACUCCUUCCUCCCCCAUUCGUCCCUGGGAGCUUCCCCCCAGCCGCAGACCACACCCCCACUACAUGCCAGAGAGAUGCCACACGCCUGUCCGCAACAGACGAAGCCCUCCAAUAAGACGCCAGCGUGGCCGGAGAGACCGCCCGACCCACCACCACCACCACAACAACCACCACCACUACAACAACAGCAACCACCACCACCACCAUCACCACCCCAACCCACACCACCAUCACCACCACCACCUGCACUCCCACCACGGCUUGUCGCCAGGCCACCAGGAUGAGAACUACCGUCACCAGGCCCCCCAGGGCUACCCCCCCUACAGCCAGCAACCUCCCCGAGGGCUGGGGCCCGGGCUGGACGAGCGCCCAGGUCACCAUCCCCCAAAUCCGUCCCCCAGGCCCCUCCACCAGUCUCCCAACCUGUCUCCCAGGAUGCUGCACCCUGCAGCCCAUCCACAGCACCCACACCCCCACCCACACCCCCACCCACACCCAUCCCAGCAGAGCAGUAUGGUGCUGGACCUCCAUGAGCAGGGUUCAGUUCCUGUAUCGUAUCCUGUGUCUCCUCCGGGACCACCGGGCCUGCCGCCUCGCUCCGCCCCUCAGCAGAUCCCAGCAUGCUCGGUGGUCUUCAGUGGACAGCACUAUCCCGUCUGCAGCGUCCCUCCUCCUGUCCUUCAGACUUGUUCUGUGCAGCACAUACCCAUGCCCUACCCGUUCCCUUCACUGCUGUCCAGUGACCCGGCCUUCCUGCUCCCCCCUCCUCACCUCACCCACCCCCAAGCACACCUUUCCCACCACCCUCCUCACCUGCCCCAGCCGGGACAAUUUGGACCGUAUCCGACACAGCAGGCCCGAUCUCCGUUACAGAGGAUAGAGAAUGACGUGGAGCUGCUCGGAGAACAUCUGUCUCUGGGUGCGGGCCUCCACUACCCCCCUGCCACCCACCCCGCCCUCACGCCACACUCCACCCAGCUUCACUUCCUCUCCCAUGACCCCCUGCCACAGGAGUUCUUCGGAGUGUCCUAUCCAAACUUUAUUCCUCGGCGUCUCCCGGGGCGACGGUACCGUUCGCAACAGCCACUGCCACCUUCGCCUUACCACCCCAGCCUCCUGCCUUACUUCCUUUCAAUGCUGCCAGUCCAGCCCACAGGUCCUGCAAUCAGUCUAGAGCUGGAUGUUGACGAUGGAGAAGUGGAAAAUUACGAGGCCCUCCUGAACCUCGCUGAGCGUCUGGGAGAGGCUAAACUCCGAGGACUGACUAAGGGAGACAUCGAACAGCUUCCUUCCUAUCGGUUCAAUCCAAACAACCAUCAGUCAGAACAAACACUGUGUGUGGUGUGCAUGAGUGAUUUCGAGUCCCGCCAACUGCUACGAGUCCUGCCCUGCAGCCACGAAUUCCACGGGAAGUGUGUCGACAAGUGGCUGAGGGCCAACAGGACGUGUCCUAUUUGUCGGGCGGACGCCUCGGAGGUCCAGAGAGACUCGGAGUGACCACACGAGGGAGCCACAUGCUCUUAUUGUCUGUUAAACACGUUCAGCACUACCUGCUCCUGAUGUAUUGAUACACAUGUACGUGCUUACACACACUCACACACACCACUUCCUUGUGUUUCUGUGGAGCACGAUCUGUUCGUUUGAUAACCUUUCAAUCUUCAUCCCUUCUCCCUGACAUUUUAUCUGACUUUCAUCAGAGUCCCUCUUCAUUUUACUGUCUGUUCACAUUAAUUCAGGCCCGUUCUUUUCACCACGCCUGACUACUAUACUGCUGUGGUGUGUGUGUGUACACGUGCAUGCACCACGACUGUGCAAGCGUUGUUCGGUCAGCCCUGUAAUGCCGGGCUGUGGUACAUAACUGUGUGUCUGAGUGAGAGAGAGUGUGUGUUUAGUAUGUGUGUGUAUGUUUGUUAGAGAGAGAGAGAGAUUUUUAGCUGUCUUGGAGCAUGCCUGAGUUGCUGUUGUGUAUUGAGUAACGACAUGGGAGAGUUUUUGCUCUCAGUGACUGACUCUACUUCCUGUUUGUAUGUUAAUGCCUGUUGUCUGUAUGCAUACUCUGUGUGUAUGUAUGUUAUAGACUUAAAUAUUUUUUCUCUAGUUUGACACUAAGGGUCCAUGCUGCCACUAUAUUUUCUCGGUUGCCUCUUUGAUCCAUUUGUUUCAGUAGAUUGUUAUUAUUAUUACUCUACCAUUAUAAGUGAUUGUUUUCCUGCCUGGCAGUUACCUCAUCAUUCCGGUUUUGAUCAUCUUUCAUUAAAGCGCUUCACGGCACUCCUUUUGAAAUUAAGCACAUUAUAUAUUUUUUCUUUUCUUAGUAGAAAUAAGUUUGUCUGUGACUUUGCGGUGGCACAUGUGUUACAUAUAUACAUAUAUCUAUAUAUACUGUAUAAAUCUAUGAAUAUCUGUAUACCAAAUAAAAGGCUUGAUAUGAACUUUU